ACCUUCUCUCCUGUGCAUGUGAAUGAGUGUGGGUGGGUCAUCAAAAAGAGAUUGAUUCCCUUAACAGGUGCUGCGUGUUUCUGUGAGGGGGUGUCUGGCGUUUCUCUCUACCCCUUCUGUCGGCUCGGCUCGGCUCGGUGAGAUUUGUUUGGAACGAAAUUUGGGGACUUAGGAAGUUAAACAGAAAACAAAUAAAAACUAAACUUGGGUGAAAAACAAAUCCAGCGACUGAAGAAUUCCGCUCUCUGCAGAAAGGAAGGGGGAUGGAAUUCUAAACUUUUUUGUGGGAGAAAUUUGGAGCCUGAGAGAUUUCUGGGCUUCAUAGAGACAUAUUUCCACAAAGGGGGACAGUUGGACAUUUUGUGAACCUGGUUAUACUUGUUAAAAAACAAAACAAAACCAAAAAAAAAACUAUAUUCUCCUGAACGUAUUUGAAACAAAGGGACAAAAAACAUUUCUGAAGAAACCGAAGAAAUGUUUCUUUUUAUUGAAGGAACUGAAUCAAUUCUUCAAUAUAUUGUUGAACACAUUUUUGGGAGUAUCUUAACACUAAACAUAAUUGUGGAUUUUUUUUUUUAAAGAAAAAAAUUAAUUUUUUUUUAAUACUUUACACUUUUUUCGAAAUUGUUGAGGCUAAAUCUGGAACUUUUGAUACAAAAUGUUUAUAUAUAUAUAGCUGAAUUAAUUUAAGAAGACUGAUUGUUUUAGUUGAGUUUGAGGAGGGGGUUUAAUUGAAUGAAUAAAAACAUAAAGGAGGAAUCAUGUAUAUUGGAUCUUUUAGUUGUAUCUCAAACAUUAAGACAACAACCAUUUGAUGUAAUAUUUAUUGAAAUUAAUAAAAGUUCCUGAUUUAUCUACACUAGAAAAGUCAGCUAGAUGCGUUCAAUUAUUUUACUGAAACGCAAAAAUUUGACGGCAAAAUUCGAAAUCGUAAAAAAAAAAAGUCAACACCAUUUUUAUUCUAGUCUGUAAAAUUUAUUUUAAAGCAGAGAUUUCAUUUGACUUUUCUUCAUGUGUCUUUAUUUGUUUUAAUCUUAAAUUUUUUUUGGUUCAAUUUUUAUAUUUUUUUAUUCUGUUUUAAAAUCAGAGCUUAAGAUCAGUCGUUACAAAUCCCUCUUUUCAAGAUUACCCCCUCAUUUCCUGCCCUCACAAUCUCUUCUAAUUAUAAUUCAAGUCCCCCUUGCUGCCCCCGCCCCCUCACAGACCCCCUUUUAUUCUCACCCUCACAGAGCUCCCCUUUCUGCUCUCCACCUUACAGACCCUCCUUUGCGCUCCCUCUCACAGACCCCCCCUUUCCUCUCUCCACCUUACAGACCCCCCUUUCCGCUCCCUCUCACAGACCCCCCCUUUCCUCUCUCCACCUUACAGACCCCCCUUUCCGCUCCCUCUCACAGACCCCCCCUUUCCUCUCUCCACCUUACAGACCCCCCUUUCCGUUCCCCAUCACAGACCCCCUCCUUCUGCUCCCCCCUUUUCUGUGGCCCGUUGGCGAACUUUGUUGAAGUGGCGAUGUGGUCCAACUACUUCAUGCAGGAGGAGGACUCAGGAGGGGUGCGCGGUGUGGCAUGCGGGACCAGGGGCGGGGCCAGGGGCGGGGUGAAGAGAGGGGACAGGGGAGGGGCCUGGAGCGACAGCCAGGAGGGGAAGGUGAAGCUGGCUUUCUUUGUGGCGAUCGUGGGAGUGACCCUCACCAUGCUCGCUGUGGGGACGGAGUUCUGGGUGGAGCUCAGCCCCCCCAAAUCCCUCUACAACAACGACACCUGCCCCGCCGCGCACUUCGGGCUCUGGAAGAAGUGCUUCAAGCUGCUCUGGGUGUCCGACAUCGACCCGGAGAGGGAGAGCUGCGGGCCGGCCGAGCUGCCUGGAGAGGUGAACUGCACCUAUUUCAAAUUCUUCACAACAGGAGAAAAUGCCGUCAUAUUUCAGAAGACUACCAAGAAAGAGCUCAGUAUUGCUGCUGCAGUGCUGUGUCUGCUCAGUAUCACGAUGAUGAUCUUGGGUUCGAUGUGCAUCACCAUGGCGCUCAGUAAAGGGGUCGAGUUCCUCCUCAAGCCAGCCUCCUUCUUCUUCAUCCUGGCAGGUGUGCUGGUCCUCAUCUCUCUUGAGGUGUUCAGACAGUCAGUCUAUGCUCUCCUCUCCUCUGAUCACACUGUCCCGCUCCAUCACGAGUUCUCCUGGUCUGUCGUCUGUGCGGGGGUGGCGGGGGCAGUCCUCAUUUUCGGGGGUGUGUGCUUCAUCAUCCUCUCCUUACCCACAAGCCCCUGGGAGAAGUGCCUCCACAAAGAUGGACCAGAGUCUUGAGAGACGACUCAUGAGAUAUUUGAGUGACUGCCAAGGAAAAGCAAUUAGAUAUUGAAGUAAGGAGGCUGUGAAAGGGUAUUUAAACUUUAUGUAUCUGUAAUGUUGUUGAAGCUGACACCCUGGGAUCUUUCAAGAAGCUGCUUGAUGAAAUUCUGGGAUCAAUAAGCUACUAACAACCAAACGAGCAAGAUGAGCCAAAUGGCCUUUUCUCAUUUGUAAACUUUCUUAUGUUCUCAUAUAUAUAUAUAUAUAUAUAUA